CUGCCUUAUACAACCACGAACGGCUCCGGUCCCGCUUCACUGACUCGAUACUCGCGCUGUCUUAGCAAGCUAGUAUAGAACAUUGGUCAGCUGCCGAUCGCUCAGCACGCGAUUAUCUAUAAAAGCUCGGCGCCAUCCCGACAGUACCUUCAACUUCCUUCGAUUCUAAGUGAAAACCCCCAGCACUCACAAUGGCCACUGAUCACGUCGAUGAAAGCGAGUACGUUGACGAAGAGGAAGUAUUUAUCGACGAUGGAGAGGUCUUGCAGGAGGUGGAAGACGGCGAAGAUCAUCCGAUGGACGAAGACGAUGAAGCCGAUGAUGUCGCUGAACUACCAUCUCACGACGAUGCCGAUGUUACCGACACUUCAGAACAACACUUCGAAGGCCAUGAUGGGUCGGUAUUCGUCGUGGCUUGCCAUCCAACAGAGCCUCUCGCUGUCUCCGGCGGAGAGGAUGAUCUGGGAUACAUUUGGGAUAUUACAGACGGCGAAGUCAUCGUGAAGCUCACGGGCCACUCGGAUAGUGUCAGCAGCGCUGCGUUCAGCGCAGACGGGCAAAUGGUCGCGACUGGUGGCAUGGACGGGAAGGUCAGGGUGUGGAGACGAGUCGGGACAGAGAAUUUCAGGACUUGGGAGUUUUUGACCGAGCUACAGGGACCUGACGAAGUUAUAUGGCUACGGUGGCAUCCUCGAGGUAAUGUACUACUUGCAGGAUCGAAUGAUAGCAUGGUUUGGCUGUGGCAAUUGCCGUCAGGAAACACUAUGCAGGUGUUCGCUGGGCAUACUGGACCAGUGCAGUGCGGCGAGUUCACUCCAGACGGAAAGCGAGUGGUCACGGCUUGUGCGGACGGAUCGUUGAUUAUGUGGGACCCAAGAUCACCUACCGCCGUCUUCAAGCUCAGCCCACAAGAUGCGCGAUUCGAUACGGGCGGCAUCACUUCGCUUGCAGUGAAUCCUUCGUCAACCCUUGCCGUGGUUGGUGGCCACGAUGGCAGCGUUCGUAUCAUCAACUUGACAAAAGGCGAGAUCGUCGGUGCUCUGGGUGGCCAUGCCGAAGGAGACAGUGUCGAGUCUAUCCAAUUUGUGAACCUUUCUGGCAACGAUAGCGGUCCUGGGGUCGUCGUCACUGGCGGGACGGAUGGUAAGGCGUGCAUAUGGGAUUUGUCGACCAUGCGCCAAAGAGCGACAUUACAGCAUCAGGAUGCGGUCACCACUCUCCUUACCGUUCCAGCGCCGAAAAGCCACCUUAUCAUAUCUGGGUCGGCUGACAGAACGCUGCGCACUUGGGACGGCCGGACGGGCACACUGUUGAAGGAACACUCUGGUCACCACGGACCAGUCCUGGGAGCCAGUCUUGGUCUUCGGGGUGAGGUCGUCGUCAGUGCCGGUGAUGAUGGUUUGUGCUUGGUCUACACGACGGAAAAGGAAGAACAGUAGACUGUUUUCCUUCAUUCGGUGAUGUAGUGUUGGCGUGUUAUCAUUAUUGUUCCACCUUGAAAUUUGCUGUAUGCUCUCAGAUUAAAAGCUGCUUUCGUCAAUGAUCUUGGCCACUGCCAAUGUUUCGUCCGACAAACUGUUCGGAGUGUUGGUGAGUCUAUUGACAAUAUCGACCAAUAAUGCAGCGACUAGUCUUUACAGCAAUAUACACGUAAGACUACCAAUAAUUUAUGUCCCAUUUACAUAAGGUAAGUUCGUGAAACCCAUGCUGAUAAUUUAAGGGCAGAAAGUGUGGGUGAAAGUCUGGCCGAGGGGGGAGUUGCGGUCAGCGGCAUAGUCGGUGGACGAGUCGUAGGCCUGGUCAGAGGGGCAGCUGGCGUUCGUGCAGGUGACGGUUUGGCCAUCGCUGGAGGAGAGCGACGUGUCGAUGUUGAUCGACGCGCUGACGUGGGAGAGGUCCCACGACGUGCGCUCACCACCGUACUGGGCGCCGAAGUUGGCGUAACCGUACUCGGAGAGGAUGACACCAGCAGUGAUACCAGCGUCAGUGCAGACCAUGCCUAAGAGUUGACAAUUACCAGUCUGGCAGUUAGCGCCGUUGGAGUCGCAUCCGGUACGGCCCCAAGCGCGGAUGCCGAGGGCCUGGUCAUCGACGCCGAAGCUGGCAGAAGCGCCGGCACCGAGGGUAGUACCGAAAGCGACCGAAGGGUCGGGCUGGCCGUUGGGGGCCUUGCCGACGGCGGGCCAGACAGCUACAGUCGAGUUUGUUCUUGAAGUUAAUCGUGAAAGCAGCAGCCUGACUGGCGAGGGCAGCAGCAAUGGCAACAGCGAAGGCAGACUUCAUCGUGAAUAAAAAAGGUAGAAGAUGGCGAAUUUGUUCGAUAAGAAGAACUGUAUGCUGGCAUAGUCACCACAGCAGGGCUUUUAUACCCCAGGCUCGUUCGCGCUCUUCGCUGUCGCGAUCAUCCACAACCAUUCAACCGGGCGUACUUCACCGCCAUUGAUGUCCGGUCCAUGCGGUUGUUUCACGAAUGAGUUCCCCGGUAGCGAAUUCGAGGAGCGAAUGGCCGUUGGCAAGAAACUACUGGCCCAUCACUUCGCCACAAGUCGCCAGCUCGACAGGGUGCUCCGUGCUGUUUUGCACAGGUUGUGAGACGCAUGUGUGGAUCAUCGUCAACCUCUCAUUCUGAAGAGUUCAUCUUG